UUCACUUCAUUUAACCUUUAGAUCAUUGAAGAUACUAUGGCUACUGGUGAAAAAAAUAGUGCUUCAUAUGGGUCAUGGAAGUCACCAAUCACUGCCGAUAUCGUCUCGGGUUCCGAUAAACGCCUUGAAGGCUUCAAUGUAGACUCUCAUGGCCACUUAAUAUGGCUGGAGACUCGCCCUGCUGAGUCUGGACGAGCUGUGCUUGUUAAAGAAUCAGGGGAAGAUAUUACACCAAAAGACUUCAAUGUUCGAAACACUGUUCAUGAAUAUGGUGGUGGAUCUUUUGGGGUUUCUGGAGAUGUACUUGUUUUCUCCAAUUUUGAUGACCAGAGAUUGUACAAACAGACUCUCACUUCUUCAGAUUCAGGUCCAGUGCCGAUAACUCCAGAUUAUGCGGGACCUCAUGUAAGAUAUGCUGAUGGGGUCUUUGAUGGUCGUUUGAACCGUUAUAUUGCUGUAAGAGAAGAUCAUCGAGGGGUUGACGCAAAGCCAACUAAUGAGAUUGUGAGUGUGGUCCUAAAUGAUAACACCACUGAAGAACCAAAAGUCUUGAUUAGUGGGAAUGACUUCUAUGCAUUCCCACGGAUGGAUCUAAAAGGGGAACGUUUGGCCUGGAUAGAAUGGAGCCACCCUAACAUGCAUUGGGAUAAAGCAGAGCUUUGGGUCGGGUAUAUAUCUGAGAGCGGAGACAUCGAGAAGCGAGUAGUAGUUGCUGGUGGCUGUCGUACUCUGGUGGAAUCGCCAACUGAGCCUCUAUGGUCGUCCAAAGGGGAACUAUUUUUCAUAACAGAUAGAAAUACAGGGUUUUGGAACAUAUACAAAUGGAUUGAAGAUAAAAAUGAGGUCCUUGCAAUUUACUCUUUGAACGCUGAGUUCACAAGACCAUUUUGGGUUUUUGGAAAUCGAUGUUAUGACAUCAUUGAGCGGAAAGAGGAAUCAACAAUUAUUGCUUGCAGCUACAGGCAACAUGGAAAGUCAUAUCUUGGUGUUAUAAAUCAAGCUAAGAACUCUUUCUGUUCAGUUGACAUUCCAUUCACUUAUAUAUCAAAUAUUGUCGCAAGUGGACAGAUCCUUUACAUUGAGGGUGCAUCUUCUGUUCUUCCUACUUCUUUAGCAAAGGUGAUACUAGAUGAUCGUAUGUCAAACGUUGUAGAUUUCAGUAUCAUGUGGUCAUCUUCUUCAGACAUUGACAAGUACAUACCAUAUUUUAGCCGCCCGGAGUUUAUUGAAUUUCCAACAGAUGUGGCUGGUCAAAUUGCCUAUGCAUACUUCUAUCCUCCGUGUAAUCCAGAAUACAAUGGUAGUCAAGAAGAAAAACCUCCACUGUUGCUAGAAAGCCAUGGAGGGCCAACAGACGAGGCACAUGGAACUUUAAAUCUUAGCAUCCAAUAUUGGACUAGUCGAGGAUGGGCAUUUGUGGAUGUUAACUAUGGAGGAAGUACGGGUUAUGACAGGGCAUACCGAGAACGCCUUUUGGGGAAGUGGGGAAUCGUUGACAUCAAUGAUUGUUGCUCUUGUGCUGAAUAUUUGGUGGAUGAGGGGAAGGUUGAUGGAAAGCGCCUUUGCAUAACUGGGUGUUCUGCUGGCGGUUACACAACAUUAGCUUCUCUUGCUUUCAGAGAUACAUUCAGAGCUGGCGCUUCUUUAUUUGGAAUUGGUGAUUUGAAGUCAUUGAGUGAUCAUAUGCACAAAUUUGAAUCCCACUAUAUCAUUAAUCUAGCUGGUAAUGAAAUCGCUUUAAAUGAGCGGUCCCCUAUCAACUUUGUUGAUCGAUUCUCUUGCCCCAUAAUAGUGUUCCAAGGAUUAGAAGACACGGUUGUCCAGCCAGAACAGGCCCGAAAAAUCUAUGAGGCCUUGAAGAAAAAGGGGUUACCUGUGGCUCUCGUGGAAUAUGAAGGAGAAUCUCAUGGAUUUCGUAAGGCGGAAAGCAUAAAAUUCACUCUGGAGCAACAAAUGAUGUUCUUUGCUCGAACAGUUGGACAGUUUGCCGUGGCUGAUGAUAUAACUCCCACACACAUUGACAACUUUGAUUAAGUACAACCAGUAUCGUGACUGUCCUCAUUGGGUGAGAGUGUGAGAACUCCAGUUGUCAUUUCCAUCAAAUCUUGGAUU